CAGUCGGUACCGAUCCCACGUGUUUCUUCGGAUACAACUCAGUGAGACCUGGUCGUUCGUGAGAUAAAAAUGAGUUUUUUAAAGCUGUGUAGGAUAAAUCGAUUUCUCUCGUGACGGGGAUAUUUUUUGACUCGGUGGCCGUUUUAAGGAGUAUUCUCGGGAGUCAGAGGUCGUACAAACAGUUUUCCUCCAAGUAUGGACAAGACCCAUCUUUCGAGCACUAAUGACAUCAUAAUGACGAGCUCAACAGGCCCCUACCAGCAGGAAGCCCGGACACCACCCAGACCUGCCCAUCUCCACUCCUCAUCUUCUUCCUUAUCCUCUCCCUCUCCGUCCUCUUCCUCCUCACCCCUCAAGCCAAACCAGGUCGGCCAGGUCAUCCUAUACGGCGUUCCCAUUGUAUCGCUGGUCAUUGAUCACAAUGAGAGACUUUGCCUGGCGCAGAUUUCCAACACACUCCUCAAGAACUACAGUUAUAAUGAGAUUCAUAAUCGUCGCGUGGCACUGGGCAUCACCUGUGUCCAGUGCACUCCGGUUCAGUUGGAGAUUCUUCGUCGGGCCGGUGCCAUGCCCAUCUCGUCGCGCCGCUGUGGCAUGAUCACCAAGCGUGAAGCCGAGCGCCUCUGCAAGUCCUUCCUGGGAGAGAACGCACCGCCCAAACUGCCUGACAACUUUGCCUUUGACGUGACACACGAGUGCGCCUGGGGCUCCCGCGGUAACUUCAUCCCAGCACGCUACAACAGCUCCAGGGCCAAGUGCAUCAAGUGCUCUUUGUGCAACAUGUACUUCUCCCCAAAUAAGUUCAUUUUCCAUUCCCACCGCACACCAGACGCCAAGUACACCCAGCCCGACGCUGCCAACUUCAACUCCUGGCGACGACACCUCAAACUCUCUGACAAAAUCCCGGCUGAUGAGUUAGCCUUCGCAUGGGAAGACGUCAAGGCUAUGUUCAACGGAGGCAGCCGGAAGAGAGCGCUGCCCUCUUCGUCCCAUUGUUCCUCCAUGGGUUCUAUGAAGUCUCUCCAUGGUUCAGGAGUGCCUCACAUGAUGGGACCUGAUCUGGUUGCUCAGAAAAGAGCCCGCUUCGAGGACGACGAUGACAUGGAUGGGGGCGGUCUGUCUCCCCGUAAGGCACCACGUAGCUACCCUGUCAUCCCUGUCCCAAGCAAAGGCUUCGGCAUGCUACAGAAGUUCCCUCCCACGUCGCUCUUCCCCUCGCCUUAUCCCUUCCCGGCAUUCGGUCUCUGCCAGCAGAAAAAAGAUGACAGUGAUGUUUCAGGUGGCCAGAAAGGAACGGGGUUGUCGGGUCUCUUAUGGCCUGGCCGCAAAGACACCUUUUAUCCUCCUUUCUGUAUGUUUUGGCCACCAAGGGCAGCAGGAGGGAUCCCUGUCCCCACCUACCUCCAGCCUCAACCCAACGCCCUCUCCUCCCUGGCAGACAACCCGUCUCUCAGACAGGCCUUUUUGGAUCUCUCAGACCCCAGCGAGCCUGGAACUGUAGCUGGCAGCGGCAACAGUGUCAGCGCAACCAUGGCCCCCGGCAGCGGGACUACAACAACCAGAUCCGGGCUGUUUGACCCAGAGUGUACAACAGUAGCCCCUGACCUUCGCCCCGUGACGUCAGAGGGCUGGCUCAAACUCCUGGACACGCCCGCCCUCCAAACCAGGAAGCCGAGCUACGGCUCGGCCUUCCGACCCGUCGUUAAGGAUGCCGAGAGCAUCGCCAAGCUCCACAGCAACGGCGGAGCAGUCGCUGGGACAACAGAUGAGGACUUUGUCGUGGUCGCCAGGUCAGACCGCCACCAGCGGCUCUCGCCCAGCAGCAGCUGCAGUUACGGAAGUGACAGUGGAGGAGAUGGAGAGGCGGAGGGAAUGGAAAGCGAGGAGGAGGGGGAGGUGGACGUGGAGUCGUCGAAGCAAGAGGACGAGGAUGAGGAAGGGACCUUCGCAAACAGGCCGCCGCAGGCCCAGACCAACCUGUACCUCCCCGCAUUGAGUGAGGAGAGGGGGAAGGAGAGAGGGAGUGGCGCUGUGUACACCAGCACCUCCCCUCCCUCCUCCUCGGACCCCACCCAGCAGGAGCCCUCCAGCCUGCCUGCCUCCCCGACUGCGAGCCUGCCUCUCUCCAGCUCCACCCCGCCUCACCGACAGGACCCGGCUUACAAAAACGCUCACAAAAAUAGAGACGAAGGACUACCAGCGUACGCAACCAAAGACAACUCCAGCAUCUCUGAUGAAAACAAAGAGCAGAAUAGUUUCUUUGUGCCGGAGAGUGAAACCUCGGCGCCCGAAUACUGGAGGGAAAGCUCAGGUGAUCGAAGCCAAGGUGCUACCUCUCCUGUGCCGCUAAAGAAGGAUGUCGAGAACAUGGAGAAAGAGGAGCUCCAGAAGGUUCUGCUGGAGCAGAUCGACUUCCGGAGGAGACUGGAGCAAGAGUUUCACGCUCUGAAGGGCACCUCACCAUUUCCUGUCUUCCAUAAUUUCCAAGACCAGAUGAAACGAGAGCUCGCCUACAGAGAGGAGAUGGUUCAACAGUUACAGAUGAUUCCCUACGCAAACAUCAUCAGAAAAGAAAAGAUCAGCUCCCAUCUAAACAAAUAGCUAAACGCCUGAACCCACAAACUCCCAUGUGAGAGGAAGCAGCUGUCUGGAUUUCUGUGAAUACCCCAAGAAGAAGAAAACAAAAACACUCACAUGAAAACCGACAGAGAAAUAUAGGAGAGAGAGACUCAAACAGAAAGGAAAAUUACGUUAUAUGAAAUAUAAGUACUUUUUUAAGUUUUCCUUCAACAGUGUUUUUUCUGCCUCUGCAGUACAACCUCUGUUAAUAGCCCUGCACUUAAACUCUGUCUGGUACAAACAGCAUUUUGACCAGUUUCUACUGCCGUGCUGUAGCACACUGGCUUCCUCCCGGUUUCCUCUCCCCUGCGUCCAGUUUAUUCCCCGAACUGAAAUGGGCCAAAACUGUUGACUAAUGGGGAAACAGAAUGACUCCUCCUCUUUUCAUCAUUGCUGCUUUGGCAGUCAGACUCAAAGCUUUACCCAACCCGGACCAAAGCGACCACAACCUUUCUGGUCUUUUGUGAAUUUUAGGGCUGUUGACGAGCACCAGGAAGGCAGCUGUAGACUUUGUCAGAAAACUCUUCUUUUCCGAGCUCUCAACAGAUGAAGAGCAAGAGGAGAGAGUCAUAGAGAGAGUAAGACUGGCCGUUAUCGUCUAUGACUCUGACUGCUGCCGGCCCAACUGUACAUACACCACACUGUGGAUGAGGACAGACUUCACACUGAGAUUGUCGUGUGUUGUUAUUGUUGUUGCCUUUGUUUCACCAAAUGGGGUCCCUGAAGAGAAACCAACACACCAACCUUUAUAGACUGGCAACAGGGAUUCCCCUCAUCAUGUCCAGUCGUGUUUAUUGACCAAAACAAACUCCCAUGUGAACACAAAUCAGCAUUACCACCGUUUAUAUUGUGGAGGGUGUGAGUCAUUACUGAUGAGGAUAGAUGUUGGUGGGGACUUGAUGCGCCCAUGUUUAGUCUGUUAGAUGACCCAACUUGAAUAUGCCAUGAAGAACAAAAUAAUAGGGGAAAAGUACUGGUGUUUUAGGUUUUAAAGUAUUAAUACAGGGUGGUAUCACAAAAAGGGCAUAACUAAUUUUACAGUGGCAGAACAGUUCAAUAGUUUCAGUAUUUGGGAGUGACCAAAACAAAAGGCUACGUGGUAUUGUGUUCAAUGUUGCUGCACUGAUUAUUUUUCACCUUUUUAUUGAUACAGGAGGAGAAUCCUUUGGUCAAAGCCACCCUUAAGAUACUUUUAGCCUCCACCCAUAUUUCUAUCCUUCAUCGCACAUGCUUCACCUCCACCCAGAGGUGAAGGUGAUAUUGCCACCAUCAGCUAGAUAUGUGGGAUGUCUCCAGAUGGUGAAUCGACUAGUAAAGGCCAAUUCUGUGUACUUGUUUGCUCUCCAAAUGAGUCUCUGGUUCCGCAAGUGUGUCAGUGUUGUAUAUCUACUUGUAAAUGAUUUCACCUGACUGUAUAAAAUGUCGUAGUGAGAAUACUGAACCUCACAGGCAGUCUAUCUAUAUGUGUUUGUUUGUUUAUUUAUUUGAGUACCAGGGCCUAAGACCCUGAUUGUGAAAAUAUUAUUUAUUAUAAUGUUAAAAGAAAUAGACAGCAACAUGUUGUUGAUGACGACGAUGAUGAUGGUGCAGUCAAGUGUAUGUCAGAGAGAAUUAAAAUGAGAACUCACCCACCUUGUUUAUAGAAUGCAAUGAAUGAAUGGAUAAAGUUGUCAUUUACUGAGAGAAAUGGUAUCAUUAUAAACUGUUAAUGCAGAUGUAUUUAAAUAUGUUCUUGUAGU